GGGCGGCGGGGUUCGCGUUCCCGGAAGAGCUGACAGGCUGUGGGGGUCGGAGCCGGAGCCGGAGCUGGAGCUGCGGCCGCGGCAUGUGUGCGCUAUGGAGGGGAAGAAGCUGGAGAUUCCAACCGGGGUGCUGGACGAUCUCUGCAGCCGAUUCAUUUUGCAUAUUCCAAGUGAAGAAAGGGACAAUGCGAUCAGAGUGUGCUUUCAGAUUGAGCUGGCCCAUUGGUUUUACUUGGACUUCUACUUGCAGAACACACCAGGAUUGCCUCAGUGUGGGAUAAGAGAUUUUGCCAAAUCAGUCUUCAGUCACUGUUCGUUCUUACUUCGGAAAGGGGAUGACGUGGAAAAGAUUUUAGAUGAAUGGAAGGAGUACAAGAUGGGAGUGCCGACAUAUGGUGCAAUUAUACUAGAUGAAACACUGGAAAAUGUACUUCUUGUUCAGGGUUAUUUGGCAAAGUCUGGAUGGGGAUUUCCAAAGGGCAAAGUGAACAAAGAGGAGGCCCCACAUGACUGUGCUGUGAGAGAGGUCCUUGAAGAAACUGGGUUCGACAUAAGAGAUCGCAUUUGUAAAGAUGACUUCAUUGAACAAAGAAUAAAUGAUCAAUUAGCUCGACUGUAUAUAAUCCCAGGAGUUCCAAAGGAUACAAAAUUUAACCCUAAAACCAGAAGAGAAAUCCGGAAUAUUGACUGGUUUCCCAUCGAGAAGUUGCCAUCCCGUAGGAAUGACAUGACUCCUAAGUCAAAACUGGGUUUAGCACCAAAUAAGUUUUUCAUGGCUAUUCCAUUUAUAAGGCCGCUGAGAGACUGGAUAUCCAAAAACUAUGCAGAUUCUUCAGAUAGUGACGGCCUUGUAUCCAAUAGCACAACUCCAUCCAAAACUUUAUUGGAAAAAGUAAAUGCAAGAUCAAGUGCACGGCCAAAUCCACAAUUACUUGAGGGGUCCACAGGAGAACUGUUGGGAUGCUCCAACAAACAGAGACCACUGCAAAAGCCUUUCAGUCAAAGCAAUCCGUGUGAUAUUUCUGAGAUCACAAAGGCAAAGUCGCACAAUAUCAGAAGUAAUGGCAGAAAACAGCAUCAAGAUACUCCAAACCAGAAGAAGAAACCUAAUGGAGUAAAUAAUCAGCAAGUCAAACAAUAUCAGAUAUUGAAAUCUGAUAAAAAGCUUCAGCCAAGACGUUUACAGGACAAUUUUGAAAUGGAUACAGUCUGUGAACUUUGCAGCUCUAAUCAGCUCUUGGAUUAUACUGGGACAUGCAUAUCAACUUCUGAUCUCUCUGAUUCCUGCAGUGGGCACUCCAAUUUUAGUUUUUCAUCCAGGGCCUUUCUCAGCUUCAAGUUUGAUCGAGAUGCAAUUAUGAAAUGCUUUGACCUAUGACAGGAUGUUGGGCUUUGGCGUGAAGAGAUCAGAAGGUUGCAUGGAACAAGUUACAAGAUCAAUGAAAAACUGACAUUUUGACCUUUGGGUGUUCUAGAGCUCUAAGGAUUUUAGGAAGUGGAGAGGGGUUUUUAAAAGUGGACAGAAAUAAAUGUGAUGAGGUCAUGUUUAAUGCAAUUUAGCCUUUGCACAUCGGGUAAUCUAUUCAGUCCUUGGAAUUGACCAUUGGUUUUCUUUUUAGGUGAUUAGUACGAUACUGGAGAGGAGAAAUAUUUUUGUUCUUUCUAAAUAAUCUUUCCUUCCUUUUUUCUCUCUUUACGCCAUCCCCACCCAUGACUUCAGCUUGGAUGACAUGUUCUGCUGAAUGUGCAAGUGCAGAUGAAAGAUACCUUUUUUUAUGGGUAUUUGGAAAGACAGAAUGGAUUGUUGGAGAAUUAUACUUGUGUUUAAUGCAGUCUUAUGAAUCACAUUUAUGAUGGUAUUCAUGCACUAACCAGAUUGUGGGUACUUAUUGUUCAUUUCCAUUGUUCGAUUGCGUGUUUGGAAUGAACUUCAGUGUUUCUGUAGUUACAGGAUGUUAAACUGGUUUUCAGCUUAUUGACUGUUCAUUUCUGGUAGUUGUUCCCAGAUUGUUGUUUUUGUUUUCUUUGCUUCCAUUAAUUCAGUACCUUUGGUACAAUUUCAAGGAAUUUUCUCAUAUACAUGGGUCAGUUAUAUUGGCACUCUAGAAGUUCAUUGUAAGAAUGGGGAACUGAUUGUUCAGUUUAAAAAUCUUCUCAGACUCACAGUUGAGAAUAUUACCUCGUUAUUUCAGUCAUUCAGGCCAUUAAUAAAUCGAUGGUUAGAUUGCAUAGAAUUCCUUGGUCAGCAAGUUCCAAGAAGCUAUGGACUUAAAAAUAUUACGAGUGACUUAGCGACAAUUUGGUUUAUUAAACCCAUUGAUUCCCUUGACUAUGUUUAAUGUUUUAUUAAAAAAGAAACUCCUUGGCUAGAUAACGCACUUGAUGUGACAAGUCACAAAUCUUGACCCUUUAUGGACAGUUUCUAGUUAAAAUUCUAUCAGCCUUAAUCAUUAUUGAACAUUGCUCCAGGGCACAAAGUUACCCAAAUUCAUUUUGGAAAUAAUCUUAGUGAGAUGAAGGGCACUCUUUUUUUUAAAGAGUAACUUCAGAUCUUUUUCCAGCUAAUUCACCUACUUAUUCACAGACAACCUGACUGCUAUCCUGCUGCAGAGGAAGGAAACCUCAAAAGCCAUGACCUCUCUCUUUUGUUGAAGUCACUUGUACACCCCAAAACCAGUACCUUUCACGCAAAUAUGGUUUUUUAUAAUUGAUUUUGUAUUUUGAGAAUUUUAAAAGAUAGCUAAAUUGAAUUUAUUUUCAAUGUUCUAAUUCUGCUCAACCUCUGUAUGUAACAUUGCAGUACAUGGGGUUAGUGUAGAAGCAGCUAAUUUAUGAUGGUUUACUGUUUAAUAACAAGUAACUAUCCUUUAAACUUUAUAACCUUAUAAACACAAUAGCAUUUUAAAACUGUGACAAUAUUGUAAUAAGGGAUACACUUACUUUGUUUAUCCCAUUUUCAUCUCUUACCUAGUAAAAGCGUUUGAAUGAAGAGGAUAACAUUUUGUGAGGUAGACUGUUUUGAGCUUUUAUUGAAAAUAAAAUCAAUUUGCAUUAGAAUAGAAUUCUUACGGUGGGAGUUUGUUUCAAAACUGAUUGCAAGUUCUACAAGUCUCAAGUUCUGGUGGUAAAGUUUCAGCUUUGGGCACAAUCAAUGAUCUGGUAAAUUAUGCCCAAAAUUAUGCUAUUUUUGAGAAGUUUUUUUCCCUCAGUUUUCUGCUAAAAUUCAUUUGCAUGUUAACACAUGCAAAAUCUCCCAUGAACCAGUGCAAUUGGAAUGUGUUUUGGAAUUUUUUUUAAAAUUCCUUGAUAUAUUUAAGAGUGGUAACUUGGUGCAGUUUAAUUAUAAAUGGAUUUAAUUACAAAAAUAUUUUAAUCCUUGUCAACCAUCUAUGAGUAAUCUUUAAAUAACUGAAAAUGACUUUAUAAUUUAUAUAUAGAACCUAGUUACAAUGGAAUGCUAUAGUCAGUUUCAUAGUAAAUUCAAAAGGGGAAUUUUUCAAAAGUUUUUGUAACACGUCUAUUAGUGUCCUUUCACCUAAGAGAACCAGAUUAAUUUUUAGAGCUGCCUCGCAGGCUUGCAAACAAGUGCAAUUAACAGAAACUCGCAAUGGUAAUUAAUUCAAUAUGGGCACAUGGUCAGUUUGGUGACCACAAUGUUAAUUUUUAAAAUAACCCAAAAGAACAUGACAAUUCAAUUUGUUCUUUAAAAUUCUGCAAACUUCUGUGCUGGUUUCACUGAUUUUGGGUGAUUCGUCCUGAAGAAAACCUGCAGAGCAGAGCAGAACCUCCAGGCCUCUAUCUUUUAUUCUGAUCUCUGGGCAUAACAGAAGUGUUAUGGAGAAACGUCUGGAAAUGUUAAUUAACUUUUUAAAAAAAAAACAUUCUGGGUAAGUAAGACCGCUGAUUGUGAUUUAUUUUUAAAAAGCUUCAUGCCUAAGACAGUUUAUUAAAAAUGUUGCCCAGAAAUAGAACAAAAGCACUUAAUUACAAAAUUAGAAACCUGUCUGUUAAAUACUGUUUCAUUAAAACACUAACUGUUCAAAGGACGUAAUAAAACAUGUUAAGUUUUUUUUUAAAUGACUUUAUCCCACUGCCUUCCCCAAUUCAUUUCACUUUGGUUAAUGUGCAGACAAAUUUUAUAAUGUGGAUUUUCUCAGUACAGAUUAUGGUGUGUCAUAUAACAGAAUUAACAUUGGCUAUGUCAAAAUUAUUGUGUAGUAACAUUUUUAUAAUGUUUAGCUAGCUUCCAGUAUUACCUGUGGCUCACAUUAAUAAAUUUAUUGACUCAAUAUUGCUUUAAGUUAUUACUCACAGGCUGCAGGUAUGAGUAAAGAUUAACUAUAAGAAAAAUAGAUCUUUGCAUAUUUAUAAUUAGGGAAAACUUAGAGUAAUAUAACUGUUAUUGGUAGAAAAUGCAAAAUUAGAAUCGUGUAAAGUACACCCUAAUUAGUUAUGUUUUGGGAAUAUUAACUCAUUUCAUACCAACAGAUAAACUGGAAGAUUUUAGAAAUCUAUAUCCUACAUAUUGAGAUCUGCUUGCACCAUUCAUACCAUCCUGUUAUCAUCAGCACGGUUGCUUAUAAUGACAAUUAAAAUGCAAUUCUAUUACUGAAAUGCAAAGAAAAUCACUCCCCCUCCCCACCCCAGCCCCCAAAAACCAUCCAGCCUCUAUAUUAUUACACAAUAGUGGUUACAUCCCAUGCUUGGGUCUCUAUUGCUUUUAAGUGCCCGCAAGGAAACAUACUUUGUUUGUGCUCCUCCAGUGUGAUUAUUCCCAGCUCUACCUCACCACCUCAUUCUCUGACCUCCCCACUGCCUCUCAUUUGGCAUGUUGUCUGUCUGGCACCCAGUUUGGAAUGAGCAGAAAUUUUCUCCCAACUAAAUAUCAUGAAGACUGGAGCCAUUGCCUUUGAUCCCUGCCCAAAGGUUUGUUCUGUAGCCGCUGUUUGAGGCUGAACCAAACUGUUCACAAUUUUUCCACCCUGUUUGCCCCAGAAUUGAGCUUCUGGCACCAACUUCUCCAUCACCAAGACUACCUAGUUCCACCAGUGUGACAGUGCCCCUCUGUGCCCUGCUUCAGCUCAUCUGCUGCUGACAUCCUCAUCCAUGCCUUUAUUACCUCCAGACUCAACUAUUUCAACGCUUUCCUGGCUGGCUUCCAACCUUACAUGCUCAUUAAACUUGAAUGCGACUGAAACUCUACUGACCAUGUCUUAACUUUCACCAAAUAUGAUUCAGCAAUCACUUCUGUGUUUGUUGCCCAUUUUGGCUCCCGAUCCAUUCACGUUUUGGUAGUAAAAUUCUCAUCCUUGUUUUUAAACCCCUCCAUUACCAACCCUCUCCAUACCUCUGUAACUUACUCCAGCCCAACAAUCUUUCAGUUCUGGCUGCUUGUGCAUCCUUGAUUUCAUCACUUCACAGUUGCUGACUGUGUCUUGAGCUGCCUGAGCCCUAAGCUCUGGAAUUCCUUCUCUAAACCUCUUCACCUCUCUAUCCUCAUUUAAAACCUCAUUUUUUAGUCAAGCUUGUCAUCACCUAUCCUAAUGUUGUCUUAUGUGGCUUGUUGUCAAAUGUUGUUUGAUAAAGCUCCUGUGAAACAUCUUGGUACAUUUUUUCAAUGUUAAAGGUGCUAUAUAAAUGCAAGCUGUAGUUGAAGGAUGAUGUAGAGGAAUGAAAAACUUUUCUUUCUCUUUUUCUCAUCUGCUUAUUGAACAACCCCCCGUUUUGAAUAACUUAGCGCAUUUAUCAUGGACAAUAUUAAAAUGUAAAGAUUUAUUUGCUAUGUCACAGAAGCUUACUUUGAUCUCACUGUGACUAAAUAUAGUAUCCCUACCUAUGAAAUAAGUUAACUCUGGUCCCAAAUAUGAAUUAAGUUAAUAUUUCAGGCAGUUAAGUAGUUGGAAGAGGGUUUUGAUCGAUACUUAAUGUGGAAAAAUAUUAGAAAUCAUGGUAGAGGAUAGAAAUAACAUUUGUUCCUUUGUAUACUUUAGUCACCUAUAUUAAAAUAGAUUUACAGCUAUUCUGAAAUUACUGUGCUUAUAUAUUUUAAACAGACUUGUGAAGGUUUCAAAAUUGGAUCAAGACACCGAAUAGAAGUAAAAUUGAGCCUUUGCAAAUUAUAGAACAAUUUUAAUAGGUUCUAAAUGGUUUCAUAAAACAGGAAUUAAAUUGAGUGCAGUUUUCACUGAAACCUAUUGACACUGUCCCAUGGUUUUACUUCUCAGAAUGGUACUUACUAGAUAACUGUGAGCUUGAUGGCCAUGUGCAGGUGAAGGCUCCAAUUUAGACUGAUUUGUAGAUUAUGAUUUUUUUUGUUUCCUUGCUCUUUACCUUAUUACAUUUAUGUCUUAUUUUCCAUAACCUCAUCAGGAAUUGGUUUGCAAGGUGCUCAGACUAAUUUACAUUUUCAGUGCAGAAAUACUUUUUUCAAAAAUGUACAAAAAUCUUAAGUUUUAAUUUAACAAUUUGGUUGAGGUAUCUUGUUGCCUAUCUUGAAGCCCUGACUAGUGAAAGGCAAAGUGAGUCAUGGAUUUUUUUUCUUGUUUUCGGCAAUAAAUAUGUUACUGAGUUUUA